AUGAUGACAACCUUGCUGCUGGGAGCCGGACUCGGGUCUGGCGUCGCCUACCGACCGAAGUGGGCGGCUAUAUAUGACGGCAGCCCCGGUAGCUUGUUGAUGGCGGUGGUCUCCAACAAUGCCCCUGGCUCUUAUUCCAUGGCAAUGAACUUUCAGAUGCUCGGAGACAUGUGGCGAAAGAUCCCUCGACCUGUCUUCACCAUACUUUCGACCAUCACAUACGCAGCCUGUGCCAUCGGGGGCCGCAAUUCGUUGUAUGAGAUUUUCAAGAACUUUUUACCACUUAUCGGCUACUGGGUCAUUAUCUGGUUUGCCAUUGUGGUCGAGGAAGACCUGCUCUUCAAUCGAGGCACCGGUUAUGACUGGUCCAUUUGGAAUGUUCGGCAGAAACUUCCGGUUGGAAUGGCUGCCAGCGCGGCUUUCCUCAUCGGCUGGGUGGGAGCCAUUGUGGGGAUGGACCAAGCCUAUUAUACCGGACCCAUUGCCCAAGCGAUCGAGGGAGGUUGCGAUCUAGGCAUCUGGCUUGGAUUUGGAUUCACAGCCCUUGCUUUUCCACCCCUGAGAUUAUUGGAAAUGAAGAUCAUUGGCCGUUAA